AUCAUAUCCAAGAUGGCAGAUUCCAAGUCAGAAGAGUCUGCUUCGGGCCCGGGCAUGUCGGGGAGGCAAAUUUUAGACAAGAUCUGCUUCUCGUAUUUGCCCAUAGUGGGAGCUGCAAGCCACACAUUAUUCGCCAUGCAUAUAUUAGAUAGGAACCUUCUGCCAGGAUUGUUUCCCAAAUGGCACUUGGGCGUGGCCAACAGCCUCCUCUUCAACUCCCACCUGGGGAUUGGCCUGUACGUCUUCAACCGCCCCUGCCUCCGAUCGGCGUCCACUCAACAGCGGGUCCUCUGGAGUGUCUACAGCUCGGCCAUGUUCAACUUUGGCUCUGUCCUGCUCUUUGCCACCGGGAAGCAGCUGCUGACAGAGGACAAACUGGUCGGAACGCUCUAUGCCAUGUCGGCGAGCUUGUGUUUCCUUGUUGUCGGAAAACAGUUCUUUGAUUUCCUGGACUCGCGUUACUUAUGAGAGGACAAUUUUAAGGCAGGAGUGAAGCUUGUCUGAGGAACUGAAACCUGCCAUAAUUCAGUGUAACCAGAGAAGACAAAAUGAUGAGAAGUGGUGUUUGCUCAUCAUUGUCAUGUGCAGAUUGAGUACCCUAUUUUGUUACAGUGGGCACACCAUACAAAUGACCUGACUUACACUUAGUGACAUUUUUAUAGCACCAUAUGUUAGAGCCCAACAGAGGGCAUUCUUGCAUAAAAGAAAAGCCGGUAGGGGUUUUUAUAAUAGAAAUGCGCAUCUUAUUAUGUGCAUUUAAGAAAUGCUCACUGUUUUUAGCAGGUGCAUUUAAUCCGUAUUAAACAGUUCUUCGGUUUCCAGUGCCCGGCUUCAGCUACUUCUCGGGCUUCAUCUCUAAAAUCAAUCCCCAAAUGCAUGCCUUUCAUAUAAAAAUACUUCAAUAUUUGGAUAUUGCAUGUUAACAGGUGUUCUGAUGGCCCUAUCUUACUUAUUGAGCCCAACAACUUUGAAGUGAAGGGGUGAAAAAUCACACGGGGGGGGUUUCAUUCAUUAAACAACACACCAAAAACGUGUAACUUUUGGAAAGUUCAGGAAGACAUCACCACCAAAAUGGUGGAUAAUCUCAUGACUCAUAUCCCAAACAAAAAGUAGGGAUAUAACAGCCCCCAUCUCCACAGAAAUUGUGGUAUUUUCACAUAUCAUGAGUUAGGUCAUGUCAUUGAAGGCCAUAAGAUCAAAAUUGGGUGUGCCGACAAGGUAACACUUGAAAUAUUUGUUAGCUAUCAGUACUGCAUAAUUGAUCCAAAAGUAUCUUUUAGUGUUGUGAAAUAAUAAAGACGGCAGUGUACCAGUAUGUUUUCUCGAUGACAAGUAUCCUACUUUAUGGCAAAAAUGAUUUCUAUACCUUAGUGGGUAAAUUAUGAAUUUAUGAUUAUGUGAUGAUCAUGACACUGAGGCAAGAAAAAUAACAUGACAACUUUUACAGGA